CCCUUCCUCAAUGCUUCCGCCUCCUCCUCGGUUGUACUUACAUCGGGCAGCUAACAUUGGCGUGGCGCAGCUUUGAAACUACUACCCCGGGAAGCAGCAGUGUGACUAAGAAAAAACAAAAACAAACAUAAUUUUCAAGGGGACGCGGUUCUCAAGAAAUAAUCCAGAAACCAUGACUAGCUACCACAAACCCGACGAGAAAACUCUGCAGGGGCUGAAAGACGUCGCUAACAAGCUCAGGAUCAACUCCAUCAAGGCGACAUGCGCGUCUAACUCUGGUCACCCCACAUCGUGCUGCAGUGCAGCAGAGCUCAUGUCUGUGCUCUUCUUCCACACCAUGCGCUAUAAAGCAGAUGACCCCCGCAACCAGUGUAACGACCGCUUUGUGCUCUCAAAGGGUCAUGCUGCACCUGUCCUGUAUGCUGCCUGGUCAGAGGCUGGUUUCGUGAAGGAGUCUGAUCUGCUCAACCUGCGCAAGAUUGACAGUGACCUGGAGGGGCACCCCACACCAAAACUGGCUUUUGUUGAUGUGGCAACAGGAUCUCUGGGACAGGGUCUCGGGGCUGCCUGUGGGAUGGCCUACACUGGCAAACACUUUGACAAGUCCGCUUACCGUGUGUAUUGCAUGAUGGGUGAUGGAGAGUGUUCAGAGGGCUCGGUGUGGGAGGCCAUGGCCUUUGCCUCGUACUACAAGCUGGACAACUUGGUUGCUAUCAUGGAUGUCAACCGGCUCGGUCAGAGUGAGGCCGCACCCCUGAAGCACGACAUGGAGACCUACCGCAAGCGCUGUGAAGCUUUUGGAUGGAACACGUAUGUUGUGGAUGGGCAUGAUGUCGAGGAGCUGUGUAAAGCUUUCUGGCAGGCUCAGCAGGUCAAGGACAAACCCACUUGCAUUGUAGCCAAGACAUUCAAGGGCAAGGGACUCAAAAAUAUUGAGGAUCUUGAUAACUGGCAUGGAAAGCCUAUCCCUAAGGACAGGGUGGAUGACCUCCUAAAAGACCUGCAGGCUCAGAUCCAGGUCCCCAACAAGACCCUGUGCCCUGAACUGCCCAAAGAUGACACAGCACCUGCCGACCUUAGCGCCAUCUCCAUGCCUUCACCCCCAGAAUACAAAAAGGGAGAAAAGAUGGCAACAAGGCGUGCAUACGGUCUGGCGCUGGCCAAGCUGGGCCAGGCAAGCAAGAGAGUGGUGGCCCUCGACGGAGACACCAAAAACUCUACCUUCUCAGAGACCUUCAAGAAAGCCUUCCCUGACCGCUACAUUGAGUGCUUCAUCGCUGAACAGAACUUGGUGGGAGUGGCCAUUGGCUGUGCCACCCGUGACCGCACAGUUGCAUUUGCCAGCACGUUUGCUGCCUUCUUCUCUAGAGCAUAUGACCAGAUCCGCAUGGGAGCCAUCUCCCAGUCAAAUGUGAACCUGGUAGGGUCCCACUGUGGGGUCUCCAUCGGUGAGGAUGGUCCUUCCCAGAUGGCCCUGGAAGACUUGGCCAUGUUCCGUGCUAUCCCAACAUGUACUGUGUUUUACCCCAGUGACGCAGUGUCCGCAGAGAAAGCCGUUGAGCUCGCAGCCAAUACAAAGGGUAUCUGUUUCAUCCGUACCAGUAGACCAGACAAUGAAGUCAUCUACUUGCCAGAUGAGAAGUUUGAAGUGGGCGUAGCUAAGGUGGUGCGCCAGUCUGACAGUGAUUGUGUAACGGUGAUUGGAGCUGGUGUUACUCUGCAUGAGGCCCUUGCUGCGGCAGAUAUGCUGGCCCUUGAAGGGAAGAAGAUCCGUGUGAUUGACCCGUUUACUAUCAAGCCCCUGGAUGCCGCUACCAUUCUGUCUAGUGCCAGAGCCACAGGCGGACAGAUCAUCACUGUGGAGGACCACUACAAGGAGGGUGGUCUUGGUGAAGCAGUACUGUCGGCAGUGGGCAAGGAGCCCGGCAUUGUUGUGACCCGGCUUGCAGUGACCGGUGUUCCCCGCAGCGGAAAGUCCCAAGAGCUACUGGACAUCUUCGGCAUCAGCGCCAAGCACAUUGCCAAUGCCGUGCGUCAGACCUUUGCAAAUUAAAAACCGCAAUUUAUCUGUCACUCCGUUCCAUCUCAACCAACUGCAGUUGCCUAGCAUGAUCAUGAAGACCUGUUAACUUUUUGUGCCCCCUUGUGGCUUUGGUUAAAGUGCAGUGUGCUAACCCUGUAUUGUUACUACCACAGAUGGAGAGGGAUGAGAAGGGAGUGCUGUGUUAACACCUGCAGUGUUAGUUGCUCCCUCCCGUUUGCAGUGUAUAGUACCUUCUUCUACAACAUUCCUUUCUUGUACACUAUUCAUAUUUUCCAAACGUCUUGCUAGUAGCUCAAACAAAAGCAUCACAGAAUACUGUAAAUGUUGACAGCUGUCUGGUUCUGAUCCAUUGUGAACUGUCAGGCCACAAGUUCUGUUCUGCAUUCCAAACAUCUUUUUUUCACAUUCCUUACAACAAUGCCUCAUUUCUUCUCACUCAGCUGGCAUUCAUGCCUCGUAUUGUUUCGAAGAAGCACCUACUGUGUAGUGAUUGUCACAGCUUUUGACGCUUAGCUGUGGUAGAGAACGGUUUCUUCAUGCAGGUGUGAAAAGUUAAACCUCACAGUUAUGAACCAUUGAGCAUUCCUGGCCACUAUGUCGUCCCACAAUGUUACUGGCUUUCCAGGUCACGUAUGUCAACCUGUUCUACCUGUGUUGUGCUGAAUUAAAAAGAUUAACCCAA